AUGCGUCGAAUUUAUACAUUGUCAGAUAUAGGUGAAGGCAGUAAAUUAGGUGACAUACCAUUUAGUCGAUAUCUGCCUAGUCAAACAGAACUUGAAAAUCAGCUUGCUUGUGCAAAUCGAGAUCGAGAAAUUGCUAUAGAGUGUGGCAAUCAACUUGCCAAUAAAUGUUCUAUCUUAGAUAAAGACAAUAAGUAUAUACAAUGUGAUCUAAAACAAUCUAAUAAUGAUAAAGAGAAACUCUUCAAGCAUACCUACCAGCUUAUAAAUGAGAUUUCCAAUACUAAAUAUGGAGCCAAGGAUAUCAUUCGAUUGAAAAAAAUAAAAUCACUCCAGUCAAUAAACAAAAUAUUAAAAAGUAAGUUAGUGUCAGCUCAGAAGGAUGCAUUCUCAACUCAGAAAGAGAUAGUAAAAAAAAAAUCUGAGAACAUAUCUCUCAAGUUUGAAUUAACGAAUAUAAAGAAUGAACUAAUGAAUACAAAAGAUAAAUUAGCUUCAAAAAUUAAAAAAAUUGAGUAUUUAGUCGCUUUACGCUCUGUUUUACAGAAAACAAAGGAUAUAUUAGAUCUUGUAGAGUUAAAGACUCAUUGCUUUGCAAUAGUUAUGAGAGGUAAGGAAAAAAAUAUGCAAAGUAAGGAACAAAGUUUCAUAUCGAAUUCUAAAGAUACAUCUGAAUCUAGACCCAAAGGGUCAUUGUUUUGCAGGCUCUUUAAGGGUGACUCUUUGAGUCAUAAAAGUCUUGCAAAAUAUUUUAAAAGUAAAACAUUACCAAUUAUCACAAAUAAUCAGAAUUUAGAAUUAUUGAUUCAAGAUAUUACAAAUAAGCAGAAUCUGGAGUCAUUGAUUCAAGAUAUUACAAAUAAGCAGAAUCUGGAGUCUUUGAUUCAAGAUAUUACAAUAAAAGAGACAGUAUGCACUGGCAAGGCUUUAGUUAAUGAUAAGAAUAUUUUUCAUCCACUCCCGCCUUCUUAUUCUUUGAACUCGAAGCCAGAUUAUAGCUACUGUAUGACCACCUCCAACAAUUUGUUUUCUGGAAUAUACUCACAGAAAAUUAUAGAUAUGAAUUCCCAAGAAGCAGUGCUUCGAAAUUAUGGCUCAUCGAGCUUAUUUUCAAAGAAAAUGAGUUUUACUCUACCACCUAUAAAACUUUAUCUUAUGGAUAUAGAUGAAGCUAAUAAACAUGAAUCAAUUCGAAAUGUUGAACAUCCAGCAAUAUCAUGGCCUUUCAGUAAAGUAUUUACUAGUAUGAGUGAUAAAGGUAAGACAAAUAUAGUUGGAAAUCUUGUUCUGGGAGAUAAAGCUAAAAAUAUAUACAAAGGUAAAAAAGGAGAAUCCCAAUAUAUUAAGUGUGAUGAUUUGAUAGUUUGUAGAUUUUAUCCAGAUGAGCCAAAAUGGGCAUUUGUUAGAUAUAUAUAUGGAGUAAUCGCAGGUAAUCCUAAAGCAUCUUACUAUGAAAAUAUAAGAUUUAAAUAUAUCUCACCUGAAAAAAUUCCUAGUGUAAAAUCAUUUUUUCUAGAGAGGAGUACUAAUAUUAGUUCAAUUUACAUAAUGCAAAAAUAUCAUCAUGUCUUGAUAAUUAUUCGUGAAAAUCUUACCCACUUAGUUAUAUUUAAUGGAGGCAGUAGUUAUCAGGAUGUGUCCAAAAUAAUUGGACGAUAUACUGAUGAUGGUAAGAAUGCAUCAAUGGUUAUUAAUAAUUAUCUUCAAAAAAAUGAAUUUAUUGUAUUUGAUCUUACUAGGUCAGAGGAUGAUCCAUUAGCAAUUCGUUUAAGAUUCGAUACUCCACUGGAUUUGCAGAAAGAGAUAGAGUUACGUCAAAAGCACAAGAUAAAAAAUGCAUUGCCAGCUGAGCCCACGAAUUCUGAACUCAAAAAAACUGAAAAAUCGAAUAAAUAA